AUGAAAAACAAAAAUAAACUCAAGAGAUGCUUAGACUACCUUAGGAAUAAUAGAGACAGAAUUGCUAAGGACCACGUCAACCUGAUUCCGUGCAGCAAAGAAAGUGUCCUGUUAACUUAUCUGAAGGAGUUCCGACUUCAGCUUGCAAAAAGAUACGCCGCACAGUUUUGCGAAUUCUUCAUUGAUGAGUAUGGACAGCGUAGAAAUAUAUGCUCCUCCAUAAUCCAAGUUUUCUUUCCCUUUGACAAAGGAAACAACUACAAAGAAAUAUAUACCCUCAUCAAGAGCUACUUCACGUUUGAAGUUGUGUUGAAAAAAAAAAUAAAAACGCUGCUUCUUCCCAACGUGGCGCUCGUGUUCGACUGGAAGAUCGCCGACUGCGCCGACUUGUGCACUAUAGUGGUCUCCUCCCUGAGAACAAAGAACUAUGACGCGUACGUUGUGUGCGGAGAGGCCCCCUUCUCCAUUUGCGCGAAGGACGACAAAAAACACCUCUGCGAAUUUAAUUUCAAAGAUUGGGAGUACUAUGAGGGGAAGAAGGAGGAUGCAGCGGAAGUGUUGGACAUAAAGGGGAAGAAGGCGAAGUAUAGGAAGCUCAUGAAUAUCGGCGUUAGAGCGGCAGGGGAACGCAAAUUCGAAGACGAAGGAUCGAAUGAAGAGAAGGACCUCUACGUUCACAUGUGGAUACUCAUAAAAAAAAGCCUAGAUGUAAAAAAAGACGUUUUCAUAGAAAUGGGUUCAGGCAGGGAAUACGAUGUGGACGACUGCCCCUAUAGGUCGAUAUUUUACCUGUGGAACGAGAAGAACAUUUACGUGAACAUCCGCAAAACGGAGGAAGUCACCACGUUAGUUUCAGAGCUGCAGAACAAUGAAUACUUUGUUCCGGCCUUCUAUGACGAGAUAAGGGCUAAGGCACUAACCCCCAUUAUCGAGAAUCGGCUCUACAAAAUAAGGAAGGACAGGUUUCUUCUGAAGUACCCACAAGGCAGUAACACGACAUUUUACAAGAACUGUAAGAAGGACCAGUACGGAGACUUCCUGCAGCACGACGGAUUGACUGAGAUGCACACACACUAUGGGAAUAAAUUCUACACCAACGUAGAAUCGGUCUGUUGUCUGUUCAAAUAUAGAAGAGACGGGAAAAUGGCCAAGCUGUACUUUCCCCAGAAAUUCAAAACCGUUGAAUAUUACGACAGUUCUGGUCACCACUUUUUGAGGGCCCUCAGAGAAAGCAUAGGGUUCUACUCCCACUUCUCCUUCUACCCAAAUAGACCCGAUGGAUUGAUCCACUACCUGGAGAUAAAGGACUCAAAAAUUAUGGAAUAUUUUUCCAACCGGAACGACCAAGUGAUUUACCGAUCGAUGUGUCUUUCCCCGAGCGUCGAAACGAAAUACAAGUUGAAGAUGUUCGACGGGAAGGAUUACUACGUGACAAAAAUGACUGUGAAGUAUAAGGAUGAGCGCCGCCAGAACGGAAUCAAGAAGAAAAUAUUCCUCAUCCCAGAGAACAAGAUAAUCCUCGUGUACUACAACAACUGCAACCAGAUAAGUAACACCUUCGAGGUUUACGAGAAGCACAUUUGGUACAACCAUGACACGGAGGAGGUAGGACUCACCAUUCGACAGGGGUCACUUCUUAACGGAGAAAAAUGGACACACAGAUUUGUGUUCCUUAAAGGAGGAGCUAAGUCCUUCCUCUCAUCUGUCAUGUUCGCCUCCCCAACGGAUGACCCCCAGAACGAAGAAAUAGUCACAUACAAGAAGAAUUAUGUGUAUAAGCACUUUGUAAAUUAUGGGGACCCCCUUCAGAAGGAGAGCCUAUACCUUCUGAGGGAAGAACGAAGCCUCUUUCACGACAUCGAGAGCACCUACAAAGCAGUUAUCUGUGCAAUCAGGAAGGAAAGAAGCCAAAUGAAAGAAACGGAAGAGGAAUACCAAUACAAGCCACAAAAUAUAACCAACAAAAACGAAAUGAUAUACCACGACAAUGAACAAAUGGAACACUUUAAUAAAAGCGUAAUCGAAGAUGAGAUGAAUGUAUUCAAUUUUUACAAUAGCUAUCCGUGGGAUCAGCAUGCGGAGGUGUCCAUGAACAAUUCGUUCUUUCUGUCUAAGAGGAAGAUACUGAAAGUUGAAUGCGCGUGUGAUGAAAUAGCUUACGUCUCCUCGGAGAAGGGGCAGGAAUUGGCACGCUGUGCGUUGCACUCAGUGGAUGAUAAGGCACUCCCCACCCACACAGGAGACCCAGCUGAGCGAAAUUUUGAACUCGCAAAACCGUCAGAGGGGGAAAACGGUCAAAAUCGGGGAAGCAUGAAGUUAUCCAUUUUGGAAGACAGGUUGUCCAAGUACAAACAGGAGCUGUCUGAAAUGAAGGACAUGAAUGACCCAUCCAAAUUGGAAGAUGUGGAAAGGAUAAGGAAAAAUAUUAAGUUCACUGAAGAUAGAAUUUAUCACUGCCGAAAAGAUUAG